GCUAUAUAAGCACCCAGCGCGCGCUGCCCCUCCCUUUCUGAGACCUGGUGGUACGUGUCGCGGAGCUCUGUCAAGGUUGCUCCGUCCUGACUCACCGCUGUUCGCUCCUGCUGAGGAACAAGUCGGUCAGGAAGCCGCGCCUCAGCCAUGGCAUUUAAAGAUACCGGAAAGACGCCCGUGGAGCCCGAAGUGGCGAUUCACCGAAUUCGAAUCACGCUCACCAGCCGCAAUGUGAAGUCGCUGGAGAAGGUUUGUGCGGACUUGAUCAGAGGCGCAAAGGAAAAGAAUCUAAAAGUGAAGGGACCGGUCCGCAUGCCUACCAAGACAUUGAGAAUCACUACCAGAAAAACGCCUUGUGGUGAAGGUUCUAAGACGUGGGAUCGGUUCCAGAUGAGGAUCCACAAGCGACUCAUUGAUCUACAUAGUCCUUCUGAGAUUGUUAAGCAGAUUACUUCCAUCAGUAUUGAGCCAGGAGUCGAGGUUGAAGUCACCAUUGCAGAUGCCUAAGUCAACUGUUUGAAUAAAUUGACUUAAUUGUUAAAUUUUG